UGUCAAAGUCCACCCCAUUUGCCUGCUGUACAUGGUUGUACCUCUCCCCCCUUAACACUAUGGCCUAAUUAUUUACUCCUAUAAAAUUCGCAAAAUCAAAACCAGUUUCUUUCGCGGUACACUACGGAAAUUCUCGGAAACAGUUGUGUUGUGAUCAAUCCAACAGAGCAGAAAAUCAGCUUUAUCGAUAUUAAAUUUCGAUGGAGGUCGGCGGUGGCGGCUCGGAUAAGGGCCCGGUGAGUUGCGGUUCGUGGAUCCGAAGACCCGAAAAUGUCAACCUGGUGGUUUUGGGGAGGUCUAGGAAGCGAGGAGAUGCUUCGCCUUCUAUGCUCGAGAUUUUCUCCUUUGAUCCUAAGACCACUUCUCUCUCUUCUUCUCCUCUGGAUAAGUAUGUGAUGGAAGAAGUGGAAGGUGAUUUGGUCUCGAUUGCGGUGCAUCCGAGUGGAGAGGAUAUUUUGUGCUCUACAACUAAUGGUGGCUGCAAAUUGUUUGAGUAUGGUCGAGACUCAAAUGCAAAGCUCUCGGCAAGAAAGCUAACACCUCUUGAAGGUGUUGGGCCUCAGAAAUGUGUAGCUUUUAGUGUUGAUGGUUCUAAACUUGCCACUGGUGGUGUGGAUGGACAUCUAAGAAUUUUUGCAUGGCCAAGUCUUCGCGUAAUUUUAGAUGAACCAAAGGCACACAAAUCAGUUCAUGAUAUUGAUUUUAGCUUAGACUCAGAGUUUUUAGUUUCGACAUCAACAGAUGGCUCCGCAAGAAUAUGGAAGACGGAAGAUGGCUAUCCCCUAACAACUUUAACACGCAACACAGAGGAAAACAUUCAACUAUGCCGGUUUUCUAAGGAUGGGACGAAGCCAUUUCUGUUUUGCACUGUUCAAAAAGGUGAUAAAGUAGUCAUUGCAGUUUGGGAUAUAAGUACAUGGAAUAGAAUUGGGCAUAAGAGGCUACUUAAAAAGCCUGCUUCCAUAAUGUCCGUCAGCAAGGAUGGGAAAUAUCUUGCUCUGGGAAGCAAAGAUGGAGAUAUAUGUGUAGUUGAUAUAAAGAAGAUGGCGAUCUGCCACUGGAGUAGAAGGCUACAUCUGGGGACAUGUAUUGAAACACUAGAGUUUUGUCCCAGUGAAAGGGUUGUUCUUACUACUUCUAAUGAAUGGGGAGCUGUGGCAACUAAGCUAAAUGUUCCAGUAGAUUGGAAAGAAUGGCAAAUCUAUUUGAUGCUCUUGGGACUAUUUUUGGCUUCUGCUCUGGCAUUUUACAUAUUUAUGCAGAACUCAGAUUCAUUUUGGCAGUUUCCUGAGAAAAAUCAAGCAGCAGCAACCAAGUAUAAUACUUUUUUCGGUGAUUCACAGUCUUCAGAGGAUCCAUUUGGUCCAGUAGAUAUGUGAUAACUUUCCACGACUCUGUUCCACAUAUUGUACAAUGAAGGAUUAUAUCUUUAACAUUAUAGGUCUUUCUUUCUUUCUUUCUUUGAUUGCAACUGGAACAUGCUGCAAAAUCAAAGCUGCUUCUACAAUUUUUUUUCCUCAGUCGAUUCAUUUAAUUUACAAACCUCAGAAAAUGCAACGAUUUUGGAAGUACAAAGCUGAACUUGCUCGAAAUUUUGAGCAUACAAGUGUUUGCUUUUUUAUGUUAUUUGUCUGUUUGUUUCUUUUCGGCCGUAUUGUAGUAGAGCCCACUUGAACUAGUAAAAAGGAAGUCUAAAGUUGCAAACCUAAAAAAAUAUCUUAAGUUGAGGACU